AUGGACAUCGCCCCCGUCUCUACCCACGAGCCCACUCGGUCCAGCUCCGAGAAGGGCGAGGACAAUGAUUGCACCAUCGAGCCCAUUCGCACAGUUAAGACACAUCAGACUCUAGAUUUGCAGCGUACAUCUUCGCGGCCGGCAAAUGUGCUGCAGCGCUUCAUCACCCCCUCCACCUUCCGAGAAGAGCCACCACCAGACGGAGGUCUGAAGGCCUGGCUGCAGGUACUUGCUGGACACCUCUCUCUCUUUUGCACUUGGGGCUACUUGAACUCGUGGGGCUUGUUUCAGGCCUAUUACGUCUCCACAUACAACUUGCCCGCUUCGACUGUGUCGUGGGUCGUCUCGAUCCAGAUCUUCAUGAUCAACUUGAUGGCCAGCUUCUCCGGCCGCCUCUUCGACGCCGGCUACUACCGCCCCACCGUCCUCUGCGGCAUGAUACUCGAGGUGCUUGCCAUCAUGAUGACUUCCCUCUGUAAUCGCUUCUGGCAGGUCUUUCUGGCACAAGGUGUGUGUGGAGGCUUGGGCAUGGGCCUCAUCUGGUGUCCCACCAUAAGUUUGAUCUCGACCUACUUUGUGAAACGCCGCGCCGUCGGCAUCGCCUUCACUCUUGCCGGCUCCAGCACCGGCGGUGUCAUUUUCCCAGUCAUUUUCCAGCAGCUCAUGCCGCGCCUCGGCUUCGGUUGGACUGUGAGGGUCAUGGGCUUCAUUGUCGUGAGUCUGUUUUGCGUCGUGCUUUCUCUUGCGCGAACCAGGAUCAAUCCAAGAGAAUCCGGCCCGUUCUUGGACCUUCAGUCCUUCAAAGAGCCUUCUUAUUCGCUCUUCACCGUCGGCGCAUUCCUCAUGUCAUGGAGUGUCUACCUUGCUUUCUUCUACGUGAACUCUUUUGCGCAUAACAUCAUCCAUGUCCCUUCCUCCAAGUCCCUGACACUGUUAUAUCUCAUGAACGGCAUCUCGGUAGCUGGUCGUAUUCUCCCUGCUCUCUUCGCUGAUCGCUUCUUCGGAUCACUCAACACCUUCAUCUUCUUGACAGCCAUCGCGGGCACCAUCAUGCUCUGCUGGACCGCAGUCGACAGUCUGAAAGGCCUUAUGAUCUGGGCCGCCUUCUAUGGUUUCUUCGGCGCCGGACUGCAAGGCCUUUUCGGCGCGGCUUUGUCAGGCCUUACCACCGACCUAAAAAAGAUGGGCGUCAGGGUGGGUAUGGUCAUGAGCAUCUGCAGCAUCGCCGGCCUGACGGGGAGCCCGCUCGCCGGAGCCUUGAUCGAGUACAACCACGGAAGCUAUCAGGGAAUGCAGAUUUUCGCAGGAAGCUGCCUUAUCGGAGCCGCCUCGGUCAACACCCUAGCCGCACUUGCUGGCGCAGGUUACUUCCAGAAAGGCAAGGCUUCACAACCCGAUUGUGACACCCCGGCUGUCCAAAAGGAUGAGAAGUGUUAA